GAAGGAGCAUUUAUAUUUUUCUUCUCGUGAAAGCGUCUUUCACCGACUCCUCUUCGACAACCGAAAUUCUCCGAUGCCGCACAGUUAUGUUAUUCAAUUGAAAUAUCGCUUCAUGAUUUACGCGUCUGAAGAUCGUUUAUUAUCUUCUCGGUUAUGAGACCGCCGCUCGGCCCCCGAUGUCUGGUGAAAGUUAUUGUGGAUUUUUACCUCGUGCUCGCAGUGAUAACAAACCCGACUCUUCGUUCGUACCUUCGCUCGUGCUUAUCUCUCGUACCAGUCGAUCAACAACCUUCUUCUACCUCUUUAUCGUUCUACACUCACUGUGAAAAUGGCCGUUGUUGUUGAAACACCUACGAACUCGUGUUACUAUCGAGCUUAGUUUGUUGUGCAGUUCGUUACAUUUUCAUGCGAGAGACAACCGAGGGACAUCUUCCCUGGGAUCUCUUGUGAUUGUGCUUCCCUUUCGAGUGCUCUUCUGUGAUCGAAAUUUUAGUUCGUUUACAGCUACGAUAUCGUCUCGAUUCUCGGGUACGAGUUUGUCGAUUUUUCGAAUCCUCACAAGACACUCAUUCGCCCAGUUCGCAUUUAUCAUAAAAGUUUUUCUUGGAACAUGUGCUCAGGUACGUGUGGCAAAAAUCAAGUGCGUGAAAUGUGCUCCGAGUGAUUAUCCAGUUACCCGUUUGUGUUCCCUUCGUCCUUCGAACAGAGAACUUUGGAUAAAAAGAUUGCAGACUCGGAUCGAAUAAUCGAGACAGAAUUGAAUUCGCAGCGACGACUGUCGAGCGGAAAUGCCCGAAGAAGUUUGGUGAAGGUGCCGCGAUGGCAUCGCCGUCGUCUCAAGAAUCGACUCAAAGCUUCAAACUUCUCCUCAGCCUUGAAACGCGGAGGGAUUUAACGUCGCUGUCGCAGGGCUUACGGAACGGGAGGACAGAAGAAAAGUUUGAAAGGAUUAACGAUCUCGUGGUCUCAUCGGCUGGGCCAACGAAUUCGUGAAGGGCAUGCGAGCUCAUCAUGGUCAACCUCCGACACGAGCCACGAGCGCUGUCAACAACUACAAUAUUCGGUAUUACAGUUGCACUUUUAGUGAUACUCGGUAGCCACGAUGCCUCUGCAGGAGACCUCAAUUCAGAAUUCGUCAAAGGAAAAAUUUGCAUCGGCACCAAUGGCCGGCUUUCCGUACCCUCGAACAAGCAACAUCAUUACAGAAACCUUCGAGACCGGUACACCAACUGUACUUACGUCGACGGUAAUUUGGAGAUCACGUGGCUCCAAAACGAAACCCUCGAUCUCAGCUUUCUUCAAUACAUACGGGAGGUCACCGGCUACGUGCUCAUCAGUCAUGUCGACGUUCGACGAAUCGUAUUGCCGAGAUUGCAGAUUAUACGGGGCAGAACACUCUUUAAGCUCAAUAUACACGACGUCGAAUUCGCCCUUUUCGUCACGAUGUGCCAAAUGUACAACCUCGAAAUGCCCGCUCUUAGAGAUAUUCUCAACGGUAGCGUCGGCAUGUACAACAACUACAACCUCUGUCACAUCAAAACGAUUCACUGGGACGAGAUAAUAACAGGUCCAGCUGGGAGAUACUUUUACGUCUAUAAUUUCACGUCGCCGGAACGGUCUUGUCCGGAGUGCGACAAGAGUUGUGAGCAAGGAUGUUGGGGUGAGGGGCCCGAAAAUUGUCAAAGAUUUUCCAAGACGAACUGUUCGCCGCAGUGUUGGCAAGGCAGGUGUUUCGGUCCGAAUCCCCGGGACUGCUGUCACCUUUUUUGUGCAGGCGGUUGUACCGGUCCGAAACAGAGCGACUGUCUCGCUUGCAAGAACUUUUUCGACGAUGGGGUUUGCACUCAGGAGUGUCCACCAAUGCAGAAGUACAAUCCAACGACAUACUCGUGGGAAGCGAAUCCUGAUGGGAAAUACGCUUACGGUGCAACCUGCGUGAGAAAAUGUCCGGAACACUUGCUCAAAGAUAAUGGCGCGUGUGUCAGAUCGUGUCCACCGAAGAAAAAAGCUUUGUCGGGCGAGUGCGUGCCUUGCGAUGGCCCGUGCCCAAAAACUUGUAUGGGCGUUGACAAAGUGCACUCCGGUAAUAUCGACAGUUUCAAGGAUUGCACUAUAAUCGAAGGCUCGAUAACGAUAUUGGACCAAAGUUUCGAGGGCUUCCAACACAUCCAUACGAACUUCACGUUUGGGCCACGCUACGAAGCCAUGCAUCCCGAUAAACUCGAAGUUUUUAGCACGCUCAAAGAGAUCACUGGAUUUUUGAAUAUCCAGGGUGAUCAUAAGGAUUUUAAGAAUUUAUCGUAUUUCCGCAACCUCGAGGUCAUCGGUGGCCGAACUCUCACAGAAUAUUUUGCCUCGCUCUACAUCGUUAAAACGCCUCUGGUAUCCCUCGGGCUUAGCUCACUGAAGAAAAUAUAUUCCGGCACAAUCGCCAUUCUGGAAAACAAAAAUCUCUGUUACGCCCAGAGCAUCGAUUGGAGCAAAAUUAAAAAAUCCUCAGAGCACGAGAUUCUUUUACAAAACAACAAAAACGAAACGAUUUGCAUCGAGGAGGGUCUCGUCUGUGACAGUCAGUGCUCGGAGGAGGGAUGCUGGGACCCUGGACCAGCGCAGUGUCUCUCGUGUAAAAACUUUCAACUCGGGAACGUCUGCUUGGAAGAUUGUACAUCGAUCACUGGCAUUUACAAGGCGGAAGGUGAAUCACGGAUAUGUAAGCACUGUCACGAAGAGUGCAAUGGAACGUGUUAUGGACCAAGCGCCGGAGAUUGCCAGGAGUGCAAACAUGUGCGAGAUGGUCCAUUCUGCGUGCCCGAAUGUCCAGCAUCGAAAUACACCGACAAGGCCGGUGUAUGCAGACACUGUCACGACAAUUGUGUCGGCGGUUGUGAGGGACCUGAAAACAACAUUGGUUCAAACGGAUGUCAUAGCUGCGAGAAAGCGAUAAUGAACGGUCACAUGCCUAAGGGAUGCUUACACAAGGUCGAACCUUGUCCGGAUGGCUACUAUUACGAGUGGGUCAAUCCCCAGGAACAAGGAGAACUCCGAAGCCAGGCUGGAUAUGCCGUUUGCAAGAAAUGCCACUCUCGGUGCAAAAUUUGUACGGGUUACGGAAUCCACGAGCAAGUCUGUCAGCAAUGUACAAAGUACAAAAGAGGGGAACAGUGCGAUGACGAGUGUCCUGCUGGGCAUUACGUCGUGCCUGAUACCCAAUUGUGCAUACCGUGCUUUUCGGAGUGCAGAAGUUGUUACGGUCCUGGAGCUAACCAAUGCCACGCGUGUCGAAACUUCAAAAUAUAUUUGGACGACGGUACCGUUGACGACGAAACAUCGUUCAACUGCACUGAAACGUGUCCGGAAGAAUAUCCCUUCAAGAUAUCUCCAGUCGAAAAAGACCCUUACUGCUCUCGCGAGCUCCACGAUCAUAAUGGCUUUACGUUGGAGAGCGAAAUCCAACCAGCAAUACUGAUAGGGGUCGGAAUCGUUGUUGUAGUAUUUCUCGUUAUAGUUGCAGUGAUAAUGUGUCAGUGGCGAAUAAGAACAAAGGCGAAAGAGAACACGGUCAAAAUGACAAUGGCUAUGACCGGUUUGGACGACAACGAGCCCCUGAGGCCCACCGGAGUGAAACCAAAUUUGGCGAAAUUGCGAAUAAUCAAAGAGGAAGAGAUGAGAAAAGGUGGUAUAUUGGGAUACGGGGCUUUUGGCAAUGUUUACAAAGGUGUUUGGGUUCCUGAAGGUGAAAACGUGAAGAUUCCGGUCGCCAUUAAAGUAUUGCACGAUGGGACCGGAGCGAACACUUCUAAAGAGUUCCUUGACGAAGCUUACAUCAUGGCGAGUGUCGAGCACGUCAAUCUUCUACAGUUGUUGGCGGUUUGUAUGACGUCACAGAUGAUGCUGGUAACGCAAUUGAUGCCGUUGGGCUGUUUGCUCGAUUUUGUAAGGACUUACAAGGACAAAAUUGGCUCCAAGGAUUUGCUGAGUUGGUGUGCUCAGAUCGCCCGAGGCAUGGCUUAUCUGGAAGGUCGGAGAUUGGUCCAUCGAGAUUUGGCAGCAAGAAACGUUCUCGUUCAGACGCCGAAUUGCGUCAAGAUAACUGAUUUCGGGCUUGCGAAACUACUCGACAUCAACGAGGAACAGUAUAAAGCUGCAGGUGGCAAAAUGCCAAUCAAAUGGUUGGCGCUCGAGUGCAUACAACAUCGCGUUUUCACUCACAAAUCUGAUGUUUGGGCCUUCGGCGUCACCAUUUGGGAAGUGUUGACCUACGGAGGACGACCUUACGAAAGCGUACCGGCGAGAAAUGUGCCGGAGUUGUUGGAGAAGGGCGAGAGAUUACCACAACCGACCAUUUGUACGAUCGAUGUUUACAUGAUCAUGAUCAAAUGUUGGAUGCUGGAUGCCGAAUCACGACCGAGCUUCAAAGAGCUUGCUGACGAUUUUGCCAAAAUGGCCAGAGACCCGGGUCGGUACUUGGCCAUUAAGGGCGACAAGAACAUGAAACUACCUUCGUAUACACUGCAGGACGAAAAAGAGAUGAUCCGUAAUCUAGCAUCGGGUAUGGAUGGGCCUGAAGCACUCUUGGAUGCAGAUGAAUAUCUGCAACCAAAGUCGAGAGCUCCUCUUCCAGCUGGUCUUUCGGCAUCCAGUAUUUCCGGAUCUCCACCAAAUACGCCGAUCAAAGCUUGCUGGCCUAACGGCAUUUCCCUUGCGGCCGAUUCGCCCACUCCCCAGAACCAACAGAAUUGGGACCGGGAACUCUUGAGGUACGGGACUUCCAGAGCAAACGGAAGUACGUCUCACGAGCCUGGUAAUUCCUUACAUCACGCUCACUACUCGCAUCCGAAUGGGCAUUGCGGCCACGUUGUCACUUCAGAUGGUUCGAGCUCGAGAUACUGUUCCGAUCCAUUGAAAAUGGUCGGCGUUAGAGAUUGUGACGUUACUGACGACUGUUUCGAGCCCGAAAUAAAUACGACCCAUCAACAGGCACAAGUGGGCAACUUGAAGCUCGAUUUACCACUGGAUGAGGAUGAUUAUCUCAUGCCAUCGCCUCAGUUACCCACGAAUACGACACAGUACAUGGAUCUCAUCGGUGAUUCCAAACCGACUGAACCGGAACCAAAGAGAUUGAACAACGGAUAUCGAAAAUAUCCAAAUUUUCUGACGAUUCCGGGGAAAACGUCGUUGGACAAUCCCGAGUACAUAAUGUCGCAGGACGAUGGGCCAUUGACUCCCCAGCCGCUCGGUAUACCGACACCGGACCUCGACAAAGUUCUGACUAACGGGGCGUUCGGUUGUCAAGUGAGGCAAAGAAGUUCAGAAGAGGAAUCGGAUCACGAGUACUACAAUGACUUUGAUAGGCUGCAAAGAGAGCUGCAACCACUUAAACCUUUGCGCAAGAACGAGACAACGGUUUGAGAUAAAAAGCCGACUAUUUUUUUUUUUUUAUUUCGAAUCAAUAAUUACAGAGGGAGAACUCAGGCUCGAGAAACGUUCUGUAAAACAUCGCUAAACUAAUCGAGCCCCGGUGAAACAGGGUGUGAAACGAAAAAAUUGAGAGCCUUCCGGUCUCUUUAUUUCCUCUCCCUCUCUGAUUUAUGAUCCUCCCUGAUUAUCUUUUACAGUACUUAGAGGACGUUACCCACGAAGUUCGUGUUCAAUUGUGAUUAGACUUAAUGAACAACAAACAUAUACACAAACGCAAAUAAACGCGCGCGUACACACACACAUACACACUGAAAAACUAUACGAAAUAUCAGUGCUGAGAACUACCGAUGAAAAAAGGUACAAGAAGAGUUCAAAAUCGGUGCCUUCAAUUUUCAGCCCUAUCAGGUGCCGAAUCAAUACCGAAUGUCAAUACUCCACGGUAUUUGAGCUUUUCCCAACGAAAAUUGUUGUUUUUUUUUAUCGAUUAUGCUCAAAUUUUCUCGUUAAAUUGUUCGAAAAUAUGCUCCGGGACUUGAAUUUCUGUGGAAGUGAAUUUGCACGAAACCAACGAAGCAUUUUUAUCCCUCCGGCAGGUUUUCUCGACGAACUCGUUUGUUUUUAGUAUCGAAAAGUCUCGUGGUUCAUGCUGAUACGUCUUAUUCAAUAACGACGUCGCAUCCAGCCACGUAAGCAUAUUGUAUUUCUUGUACAGUCGUAUACAUAUGGACGCGCAAACACAAAAACGGUAUAAAUAAGGAAAUACGAUGAACUGUAGUGCAAAAAUAUUCUUAAUGUGCCAUUCGUUGUGGCUUGUAAAUAAUGAAUAAUAAAUUGGGAGCGUCGUGCGUUAAAUCGAAUGUAGAGCUUAGAACACGUUUAGUUCGGAUAAGCAAUAAUUAUAUGUAUAUGUCUCUCUCUCUCUCUCAAAAUGAGGCGUCAAUAUUGACGCAAUAUACGAUUUUAUAUGAUGAAUUAUGAAACAUACAUAUAUAUAUAUAUAUAUAUAUAUUUUUUUUUUUACUCGCAUCGCUCGUGUUUACUGGACGAUCUCCUCACAAGAGAACAACAAUGUACGCCAUGAUUUUAUAGAGCGAUUCAAGGCAAAUGAAUUAUGCGACGAAGAUUUUAGGGCGUGUGGAAUGAAUUUUGAAAAAGUUGAAAAAAAAGAAACACAAAAGAUGUACUCGGUCUAAAAUAUCGGUAUUAAUCAUGUAACGAGGCAUUUCUAUAUUUAAAAUUACGUUUUAUAUAUCUUGAAGCAAACUUAAUUAUCAGCCACACGCUCAGAGAACUUCGUGUGGUCCGCCGCUGACUGUGAUAGGUUUAUUAUACGUUUCCUCGACACGAGACCGAGAAAACUUUUAACAAGUAUGAAGCACUAAAAUCUCGCGGUUAAAUUAUUACUGUUUCCCUUUUUAUCUUACUGCGAGCACACUUUUGAUAAGGAAAUAAUCAUCAUGUGAGCUGCUCAGAUAAAAACGUGAGAAUUUGGCAUUACGAAUGAGAAUUAAAAAUAUGCAAUAGUGAAUUAUUCUACUUAACUACCGUGUAUGGUUAAGAGUUUCCGUACAGACUGGGCACGCGAGAGAAAACGUAUGGUGUGCAACCAAAUGACGUUUUCAUGCCAUCGCCUCUGAGGAACCAAUCAAAUUGGUAUUAAAUAUGAAAUUUUUCAAAAGUUUCAUCUCACGACGAACUAAUUGUACGCGAAACUUGUAAAUAACAUGAAAAAAUAAAAAACAAACGAAAACUGAUAGUUAAUAAUGUAGCUACUUUAAGUAAAUUCUCUACGAGAACGGAACAGUACUUGAAUAGAACAAACAAAAUUUAUUUUAUUUAAAUACGCUACAGAAUACGAAACUAAUCAUUCGUUAUUAAGCAGAGCACAAAGAACAAAAAAAACGCGCAAGUUAUUGACGAGAGACUCUGCCGCAAUCGAAUCGUAGGAUAGGAAGUGCCAUGCUGUUUCAAGGAAAUUACAAAAGAACAAAAAAAUACUCGAGAACUAAAAGCCCCACAAUCAACAAAAAUCAGCUAAUAUGAAAAUAGAAAUGGACUCAAAACCCAGUCGCCACACGUACGAAGUACGAAAAGAUUGAGAGUUUUACCCCACAGCAGCAAGUCACAUUGGCUGCACUCACACAUUAUAAAAAAUACUGAAAUCAGUCAUUUUCGUCAUUUAUGAAUCAUAUUUAUAAAGAAAAUGAACAUUCAAUCGACUUUUGAUAUUAUAUAACGAAGACUCUCACAGGCUAAUCAUUACUCAGAGUUUUUUUUUUGCCAUUUCCACCAAACAGUAUCUUAUCCCUGAUAAAAUAUAAAUUAAAUACGUACCAUGUAUAUUGUGUUAAGUGUUACUGAUUAUUAUUUUUAUUAUUAUUAUUAUUUCUACUACUAUUGUUAAUAAUAAUAUCGAUAACAAUAAUUAUCAUUUAUUUUUCCCUGUAAUAUAUAUACAUCGCCUAAGAUUACGAAACGAAAAACAAAAUCUUGCAGUCCUUGGUUUCUCGAAGAAAAAAAAGUGUCAGACUGAACUUUUUUCCAGAAAUUUUUUAUACAGACCGAUGGAAAACGAUCGAGGCAAAAGAAAAUAUUGUAAAAUGCAUAAAGUGAUCAAGCAAAGGUCGGUCAGACGGAAUUAACGAAAUGAAAAUUCGGUGUAAAAAAUUUCAUUCGUCAUCAUGUUACUACUGAAUGAGGGAGGAGGGUGGAAAGUAUAAAUUUACUUUAUAUCGUUGUGUGGUUAAUAUAAUCAUUUUCACAGAGUGUUUCAGAGAUAAAAACCUUUAGUUUGUUGAUUCAAAAUGAUGCAGAUUAAUAAGAGGAUGAAAUGAAAAUUAAUGAGGGUAUCACGGAAUAAAGAAUUUUGUAAAUUUACUUUUAAUCUUAUUGCGAUUGCGACGAUGUGAAACUUCGUGAGCAUGAAAAAAUAUAUUCAACGAAUCACACUUAUCGUAUACUUAAAAAAUGGUCGAGCCCAAUUUCAUCCUGUUAUUAGAUAGAAAUUUUUGGUUCUGUAACAUCGUGUGCAUUUGGUGUGUAAACGCGCAUAAACCUUCAAUAUAUAUUUGUGUAAAUAUAAAUAUUGUUAUACAUAUCGUUAAAAAAUACUUGUAAUAAAGAACAUUCGUAAUUCUUAA